UGCCCCCUCUGCAGCAGCCAUGCAGAAAGCCCGGGGGACCCGGGGAGAAGCUGUCAGCCCAAGGGCACCCCCCAGCCCAGGUGUGCCCCCAAAGAGGGCCAAGGUGGGGAGCGGGGCCGGGACGGGGGCCCGGGGAACAGCCGCAGGGGCCCCCGUCUUCCAUCGGCAGCUGAAGAACACGGCGGUUUUCUCUGGCCGGGAUGUGAGGCUGCAGGUGGUGGUGAGUGGGACACCCCAGCCUGUCCUCAGCUGGCUCCGAGACGAGAAGCCCCUUCCCCAGCCAUCCCCCGAGCCCAGCUGCCUUUGGCUCCGGGGCUGUGGGGCCCAGGAUGCCGGAGCAUACACCUGUAUCGCCCGGAAUGAGCGGGGAGAGGCCUCCACUACGGGGGUCCUGACUGUUCUCGAGGUGGAAGACUCGGAGACCGGUGAAGAGGAUAUCAGCGAUGCCCAAGGGACGCAGCGGCUGGACCUGCAAGAAGAUGGGGCCUUCAGCACUCCCACAGGGGGUUCCGACACCCUGGUGGGCACCUCCCUCGACACCCCUCCGACCUCCGUGACAGGGACUUCUGAGGAGCAGGCGAGCUGGUGGGGCAGCGGGCAGACGGUGUUGGAGCAGGAGGCGGGCAGCGGCGGUGGUGGCGGUAGUUCCCGCCGGCUCCCAGGCAGCCCAAGGCAAGCACAGGCAGCCGGGGCCGGGGCCGGGCCGCGGCACCUGGGGGUGGAGCCGCUGGUGCGGGCAUCUCGUGCUAAUCUGGUGGGCACAAGCUGGGGGUCAGAGGAUAGCCUUUCGGUGGCCAGUGACCUGUACGGCAGCGCGUUCAGCCUGUACAGAGGACGAGCCCUCUCCAUACACGUCAGUGUGCCGCAGGGUGGGCUUCGGAGAGAGGACCCCGACCCUCAGCCCCAGCCUGCGAGUGAAGCCCCGAGACGUCCUGCCCAGCCGCCUCCUUCCAAAUCGGCUCUGCUGCCCCCCCCUUCUCCAAGGGUGGGGAAACGACUCCCUUCUGCGCCUGGCACGCAGCCCCCCGCCGCCCCCACGGCGCCCCAUAGGAAGCCUCAGGAGCCAGGGGCCCCGGAGGAGCCGGAGGAGAAGAGAGGGAAGAAGCCCAAGUCAUCGGGGCCCUCGCUGGCCGGCACCCUGGAGUCCCGCUCCCAGACGCCGCUGAGCGAAGCUUCGGGCCGGCUGUCCGGGGUGCGCUGCUCCCCGCGCUUGGUGCGAGCCGGCUCCCGGAUCUUGGACAAGCUGCAGUUCUUCGAGGAGCGCCGGCGCAGCCUAGAGAAGAGCGACUCCCCGGUGCCCCUGAGGGCGUGGGUUCCCCUGCGCAAGGCGCGCUCCCUGGAUCAGCCCAAGGGCGCCGGCGGGCAGUGGGGCACGCCGGGGGCCUCCCGGGAGGAGCUGCGGGACGGGCCGCGAGGGGAGCUGGGCACCGUGGCGGAGCGGCGCUGGCUGUUUCGGCAGAAGGCGGCCUCCCUGGACGAUCGGGCCCGGCAGCGGAGCCCCAGCCCCGCCACUGACCUGGAGCUGCGCUUUGCGCAGGAGCUGGGGCGCAUCCGCCGCUCGGCUUCUCGGGAGGAAUUGGUUCGAUCCCAUGAGUCCCUCCAGGCCACCCUGCAGAAGGCCCCGUCUCCUCGGGACCCAGGGGAGCCUCCCUUGUUCUCUAGCCCCUCGACCCCAAAGACUCCCCCGCCGGAGAGCACCUCCACCAUCCAGCAGCUGGCCCUGAGCAGCGUGGGGAGGGUCGGAGAGGAGGCGGCAGGAAAGGGGGCCGCUGCGGCCCGAGGCCGAGGCCUGGCAGGCCGGACAGACCUUGGCGAAGGCCACCAGCAAGAGGUUCGCCGGAGAGAACAGUUCCCCCUUACCCGGGGGAGGGCCAUUCAGGAAUCCAGGAGCCCGGAACCCCCCGAGCCCAGGACAAAAGCCCACGUAGGCCGGAAGCGGGAUCCCCCCAUGCAAGCCGUGCGCUUCUUACCCUGGGCCACGCCUGAGCCAGAGGGGUCUGCCGUACCCCCAAACCUGGAAAAGAACCAGCCCGGGCCUGAGGCAGAGAAGAGACUACGGAGAGGCCCAGAGGAAGACGGCCCUUGGGGGGCCUGGGAUCGGCGAGCACCCCGUGGCAAGGGCAAAGGCCAUCAUCGGGCACGGCCUACCUCGCCUGACCUGGAGUCAUCGGAUGACUCCUACGUCUCAGCUGGAGAGGAACCCCUGGAGGCUCCUGUCUUUGAGAUCCCAUUGCAGAAUGUGGUGGUGGCUCCAGGGUUCGAUGCCAUGCUCAAAUGUAUUAUCACAGCCAACCCCCCACCCCAAGUAUCUUGGCAAAAAGAUGGCGCAACCCUCCGGGGCAACGAGCGGAUCCUCGUCCGGGAUGAAGGGGAGAGACACACUCUGCUGCUGCAGGAAGCCCGGCUAGCCGAUGCCGGUCUCUAUACCAUCACCGCCACCAAUGAGUUGGGCCAGGCCACCUGCAAUGCCUCACUCUCUGUUGAACCUGGAGGGGCCAAAUCCCCUUUCAGCAGCCCUAUCACAUCAGAUGAAGAGUAUCUGAGCCCUCCUGAGGAGUUUCCAGAACCAGAGGAAGCCUGGCACAAAACUUCUGCCAUGAAGCUCAGCCCUAGCCAGGCUCAAAGCACCCCAGACACCAGCUCCAGGGCUCCCCCCAUCUUCAAGGUUUCACUCAUGGACCAGUCAGUAAGGGAGGGCCAGGAUGUGACCAUGAGCAUCCGUGUGCAGGGGGAGCCCAAACCUGUUGUCUCCUGGCUUCGGAACCGCCAGCCAGUACGCCCGGACCAAAGACGCUUUGCAGAGGAGGCGGAGGGUGGCUUGUGUCGGCUUCGCAUCCUGGCCGCGGAACGCGGAGAUGCUGGCUUCUAUACCUGCAAGGCGGUGAACGAAUAUGGCACCCGGCAGUGUGAGGCCAGACUGGAGGUCAGAGCGCACCCUGAAAGUCGGUCCCUGGCGGUGGUGGCCCCCCUGCAGGACGUGAACGUGGGGGCCGGGGAGAUGGCGCUCUUUGAGUGUCUGGUCACGGGCCCUUCGGACGUGGAGGUAGACUGGCUGUGUCGGGGCCGGCUGCUGCAGCCUGCCCUGCUCAAAUGUAAGAUGCACUUUGAUGGGAGGAAGUCCAAGCUGCUGCUCACCUCUGUGCACGAAGACGACAGCGGCGUCUACACCUGCAAGCUUAGUACGGCCAAAGAUGAACUGACCUGCAGUGCCCGCCUGACCGUUCGGCCCUCGUUGGCACCAUUAUUCACAAGAAUGUUGGAGGAUGUAGAAGUGUUGGAGGGUCGAGGAGCUCGGUUUGAUUGCAAGAUUAGUGGCUUGCCACCCCCCACCGUCACCUGGACUCAUUUUGGGAAUCCUGUGGAGGAGAAUGAGAAUGUGAGGCUGCGGCAUGAAGGAGGCCUUCAUUCCCUGCUCAUAGCCCACGUGGGCAGUGAGGAUGAAGGUCUGUAUGAAGCCAGUGCCACCAAUAUUCAUGGCCAUGCCAACUGCUCUGCUCAGCUUUAUGUGGAAGAACCACGCUCAUCCACCUCAGGCCCCAGUUCCAAGUUGGAGAAGAUGCCAUCAAUCCCCGAAGAACCUGAGCAGGGAGAGCUGGAGAGGCUGUCCAUACCAGAUUUCCUCAGGCCACUGAUGGACCUGGAGGUAGGGCUAGCCAAGGAGGCAGUACUGGAGUGCCAGGUGACUGGACUGCCCUACCCCACCAUCAGUUGGUUCCACAAUGGUCAGCGCAUCCAGAGUUCGGACGAUCGUCGGAUGACACAGUACAGGGAUGUACAUCGACUGGUGUUCCCAAUGGUGGGGCCACAGCAUGCUGGUGUCUAUAAGAGUGUCAUCGCUAACAAGCUGGGCAAGGCUGCCUGUUAUGCCCACCUUUACGUCACAGAUUUAGUGCCUGGCCCUCCCGAUGGGCCCCCACAGGUGGUGAAUGUGACUGGGAGAAUGGUUAUGCUCAAAUGGAAUCCUCCCAGAAGCGUCGACAUGGCCAUUGGUCCAGACACUCUGACCUACACAGUUCAACACCAAGUGGUAGGUUCAGACCAAUGGACGGCUCUGGCCACGGGUCUACGGGAACCAAGCUGGGCAGCCAUGGGGCUUCGUAAGGGGGCACAGCACAUCUUUCGAGUCCUUAGCACCACAGUCAAGAGCAGCAGCAAGCCUUCCCCAGCCUCUGAACCUGUGCAGCUGUUGGAAAGGGGUCCAGUUCUGGAAGAAGCCCCCGUGGUGCUGGACAAGCCGGACGUCGUGUAUGUGGUGGAGGGGCAGCCAGUCAGCGUUGCCGUCACCUUCAACCACGUGGAAGCCCAAGUUGUCUGGAGGAGCUGUCGAGGGGCAUUAUUGGAGGCCCGUGCAGGCAUGUACGAGCUCAGCCAACCGGACGAUGACCAGUACUGUCUGCGCAUUUGCCACGUGAAUCGCCGAGAUGUGGGGACCCUCAGCUGUAUGGCACGAAACCGGCACGGCACCCAGGCCUGCUCCAUCACCCUGGAACUCGCAGAGGCUCCACGGUUCGAGUCCAUUAUGGAGGACGUAGAGGUUGGGCCUGGAGAGACGGCUCGGUUUGCCGUCGUGGUGGAAGGGAAGCCGCUGCCAGACAUCAUGUGGUACAAGGAGGAGGCCCUUUUGGAGGAGAGCAGCCACCUGAGCUUCGUGUAUGAGGAGAACGAGUGCUCCUUGGUGGUGCUGAGCACAGGACCCCAAGACGGUGGCGUCUACACCUGCACAGCCCGCAACCUGGCAGGGGAGCUAUCUUGCAAAGCUGAGCUGGCCAUUCGAACAGCUCAGACAUCCAUGGAGAUUGAGGGGGUGGGGGAAGAAGAAGAGCUGCGGGGACAGAGGCUCAGUGACUUUUACGAUAUCCAUCAGGAGAUCGGCAGAGGUGCCUUCUCCUACCUUCGUCGGGUGGUGGAGCGGAGUUCUGGCCUUGAGUUUGCCGCCAAGUUCAUCCCGAGCCAGGCCAAACCAAAGGCUUCUGCACGCCGGGAGGCCGGGCUGUUGUCCAGACUCCAACAUGACUGCGUCAUCUACUUCCACGAAGCCUUUGAGCGGCGACGAGGACUUGUUAUUGUCACUGAGCUCUGCACAGAAGAGCUUCUAGAACGAAUGGCCAGGAAGCCCACCGUGUGUGAGUCUGAGAUCCGGGCCUAUGUGAGGCAGGUGCUGGAGGGGGUCUCUUACCUUCACCAGAGCCGCGUGCUGCACCUCGAUAUCAAGCCGGAGAACCUGCUGGUGUGGGAUGGGGCCGGGGGUGCUGAACAGGUGCGGAUCUGUGACUUUGGCAACGCCCAGGAACUGACCCCUGAGGAGCCCCAGUACUGCCAGUACGGCACCCCUGAAUUUGUGGGGCCUGAGAUUGUCAACCAGACGCCUAUAUCUGGGGUCACCGAUGUCUGGCCUGUGGGUGUCGUCGCUUUCCUCUGUCUGACUGGGAUCUCACCCUUCGUUGGGGAGAAUGACCGCACGACCCUGAUGAACAUCCGAAACUACAAUGUGGCCUUUGAGGAGACGACGUUCCUCAGUCUGAGUCGAGAGGCCCGAGGCUUCCUCAUUAAAGUUCUUGUUCAAGACCGGCUGCGGCCCACAGCAGAGGAAACCUUAGAACACCCUUGGUUUAAGGCAACAGCAAAGGGGGCAGAUAUCAGCACAGACCACUUGAAGCUCUUCCUGUCCCGAAGGAGGUGGCAGACCCGUGGCUCUUUCUUGGCCCCUGCAGACAAACAGUCCCUUCGGUCAGAACCUUCAGUGACUAUAGUAUCCUGCAAAGAUGGACGACAGCUGCUGACCAUCCCUCGGGCUGGGAAGCGCCAUGCUGGCCUGUAUGAGUGUUCUGCCCGCAAUGCCUUGGGGAGUGCCACCAGCUCCUGUACUCUGGCUGUGGCCCGUCUUCCAGGAAAGCUGGCUCCCCCUGAAGUGCCCCAGAAAUAUCAGGAUACAGCAUUGGUAGUGUGGAAGCCGGGAGAUAGUCAAGCCCCUUGUACAUACACAUUAGAGCGCCGUGUGGAUGGGGAAUCCACAUGGCACUGUGUGAGCUCAGGCAUCACCGACUGCUACUACAACGUGACACAAUUGCCACCGGGCAUGACUGUGAGGUUUCGAGUGGCCUGUGCCAACCGAGCUGGGCAGGGCCCCUUCAGCAACGCAUCAGAGAAGGUCUUUGUUGGGAAAGUCACAGGCUCUCCAGCUUCCCCAGCCUCAGCCACCCCAGCCCCAGCCUCUCCAGCUCCGGCCACACCACCAACCCCAGGCACCUCAGCCCCAGCUCCUGGGCCCCCGUCUACCUUGGUUCCAGCUUCUCCACACGCUCCUCCUUCAGCCCCAAGCUCCCCUUCUCCCCCAGCACCCCUCAACCAGGUCCAGUCUCACCUCAAGGCCGUAGGCCCACCUCCGCCAACUCCUCCACGAAAGCACAGGGGCCUGCUGGCCGCUCGGCCAGCAGAGCUCACGUCCCCCAGUGAUCAGCCCCCACCUAGUGGGUCGGAGCCUCUUGCCUCUAACACAAAGCCCCCAUCUCCUAGUCCCUCUGAGAGCAAGCCGACCUCCUCCCCAGCCCCCAAGUACAUGGUGACUUCUUUUGUGUCUGCACCCACUGUCCCUGAGCCUGCCCCCAGCCCCACUAAGGUGACUGUGCGCAGCCUCACUCCAGCCAAGGAGCGGGUCAGCUCUCCGGCAGGUGGGUCCCCCAGCUCUCCUGGCCCCGAGGGUACCACGCUUCGUCAGGGGCCUCCCCAGAAGCCCUACACCUUCCUGGAGGAGAAGGCCAGGGGUCGCUUCGGUGUGGUGAGGGCUUGCCGGGAGAACGCCACGGGCCGGGCAUUUGUGGCAAAGAUUGUACCGUAUGCGGCCGAGGGCAAGCAGCAGGUCCUCCAGGAAUACGAAGUCUUACGCUCUCUACACCAUGAGCGGCUCAUGUCCCUGCACGAGGCAUACAUCACCCCCCGUUAUCUUGUGCUCAUCGCCGAGAGCUGUGGGAAUCGAGAGCUGCUCUGUGGACUCAGUGAACGAUUUCGGUACUCUGAGGACGAUGUGGCCACUUAUGUGGUCCAGCUGCUCCAGGGCCUGGAAUACCUCCACGACCACCAUGUGCUGCAUUUGGACAUCAAACCGGACAACUUGCUGCUGGCCCAGGACAACGCUCUCAAGAUUGUUGACUUUGGCAGUGCCCAGCCCUACAGUCCCCAGGCCCUGCAGCCCCUGGGUCACCGCACUGGCACCCUGGAGUACAUGGCUCCUGAGAUGGUGAAAGGUGAACCCAUUGGCUCCGCCACAGACAUCUGGGGUGUUGGUGUGCUCACCUACAUCAUGCUCAGUGGACGCUCCCCAUUUUAUGAGCCAGAUCCCCGGGAGACAGAGGCCCGGAUUGUUGGGGGCCGAUUUGAUGCCUUCCUGCUGUACCCUAAUACCUCCCAGAGCGCCGCCCUCUUUUUGCGCAAGGUCCUGUCUGUCCACCCCUGGAGCCGGCCCUCUCUGCAGGACUGCCUGGCACACCCAUGGCUUCAGGAUGCCUACCUGAUGAAGCUUCGGCGCCAGACACUGACUUUUACCACCAAUAGGCUAAAGGAGUUCCUGGGGGAACAGAAACGACGACGGGCAGAGGCUGCCACCCGCCAUAAGGUGUUGCUACGCUCCUACCCUGGCAGCCCUUAGCCUUCUGGAUCCCAGAUCCCUGGCCUCCUGGACCUCAGACCCCCAGCCUUCUGGGCCCUGGACUCUGGGGUCCCUGCAAUCCAGCUCCUGGACUCUCCAGCCUUUGCACACGGGACAUUCCAGAGGCUUAUGGCAGCACUGGGGUAGGGUGGGGGAAGGCAGAGAGGCCAAAGGGGACCGGACACCACCAGCAAUAGCCAACCAGGUGGCAUUACCUCAUGGACCCAUGGGCAACCGGAGCCCCAGGGAUAGCAUAAGCCCUGCCUGGGGUCCGACAAGCUUCAACCAGGCGAAAGGACUGAGAGCUGGGGGAGAUGAGGGACAAGGAGAGAAAUAGAGUCAGAGGGCUGGGGCAGGGCAGAGGGCUAAGAGAAAGGGAAUUGAGGAAGAGGAGGCUUUGGAAGGAAUAUGAUUUCUGGGUAGGGAGCCCUUGGGGAAGAGAAGGAGGGGAAUAACAGGUCCAGGCACCAUUAUCAGGGAGAAGAAAGAGCAGGAGUAAGAAGAGAGACAGCCAGCGUCGUGGGGCCGAUGGGAUGGGAACCGUCAGUAAACUAGAAGGGGUGAAGGCAAAAGAGACAGGGAUAGAACGUCAAAGAGGCCUGUUAGGUGGGGCAGUGAUGAAGCCUAGGAAACUGGGGAGAGGGGUUCAGUCUGUGGCUGUGGGAGCCGGAAUGGGGGAACUGGGCUGCAGAAUCACCAAGACUGUAUGUUCUAAGACAAGGAAGUUCAAUGACGGGAUAGCCUGGAGGUUGGGAAUCAGUGAGAGAAGAGGCCAUCCUUCCUUUUCCCUCUUCUCCCUGCCUAAUUGGGGUGGAGGGGUCUUGCCCCGUUCUCUCAGCUUCUGGCCCAAGGCUUCUUGCACUGGGCCUGAAAUGAUUUCACCACCUGUCCUCCUCCCUGUCCCCAACCCUUGCAGCCUUUGCCCUCACCACCCUCAUAUUUAUUUAUUUAUUGACUUUUGUGAAGUUUCCCCUUCCUCUCUCUGUCCUUCACCCAACCCCCAUCUCCAGUGUUGUCCUGAGCCCUGCCUCUCUCUCCAUCCUCCAUCCAUCUGUCUGUCUGUCCCAGGGCCAAUAAAAUCAACAAUCACCAGGGA